CUUUGAAAGUUGUGAGAUGCCCAAGUACCGAGGUUUUAUUCAUGAAGAAACAUAUAGCUGCCCACUGGACAUCCAGUAUAGAUUCCAAUAUUUCGUCUGUCUGGUACGAGGUGGGGAUAGUUAGAAAUAACAGUAAAAAUGGUAUGGUUAGUGAGCUUGAACGUGAAAGUGGCAAGAUACAUGUAUUUCAAAAUAUGAAAUUGUAUCCUUCUGUUGCUUACAAAUUUGCUGUAAAACUCUGUACAAAACAAAAUUGUCUCAGUGCAGUUUACUCAGACAUCUUCUAUAUAGAGGCGGAUCAACCAAUUGGAAAUAUUGAAAUUGCCGAACUAGAUCAGUCCUUCAACAAAACAUGUUUCGACAUCAAAAUGACCUGGAUGAACUUUACAACAGAGAGUAAAAUAUUGUUUUAUCAAUGGAGCAUAAGUAAAGACAUGGAAGCAGCACACAUCGUCACAUCGUGGAAAACAGUUCAACCGAUUGAUGAAAAUAUGAUACACGAGUGUCUCUAUGUGCAGCCUCACGCUUACUCUCAUUUAUUUGGCUGUGUCAAAGCAUAUUCCUUAGCUGGCAGUAGGUCAAUGGCAUGUACGGCUUUUGUCGUACGGAAUCGUUGGACAGCCUAUAAAUAUGUUGUUUAUGAUUUGAAUUCGUCUGCUGAUACAUGGAACUUCGUUUUAAGUAUGGUGCAUAGUUCAGACAUUAGUGACACUGCACGCAGUACUCUUCAUGACAUUGAUAUAGAUAUCACACCGGCAGAAUGGACAGUUGCAGGUGCCGUAAUGGGUACUUACGGCAGAAAUGUUACUUGGUAUCUUAUGACCUCAAAACACGUGCCAACACAUUGCUCUCACAACGAAGAAUGUUAUUAUUCCACUGUUACAGACACUGGCUAUGCGGAAUUUCCAACGAAUACAAUCAAAACGAACGAACUUUAUUACAUUUGCGCUUACUCUAACGAUACACUCCUGCAUUUGGAAGACUACAUGGUGUCUCUAGAUGAAUUUUCAUCAUGUAGUAAUGGUUUCAUCAAAGACAAUACGCCUCCUAUGAAUCCAAAAAUGGUGGUUCGUGUCUCAAACCAAAACGGUUACAUUACAGACACGUCAAGACUGAUUAUACACUGGGAUGUCUUUGCUGAUAAUAUUAAUGCCAGUGUAUUUGGCUACCCAGAGAAUAUUCGUGCAUAUAGUUAUGCCAUAGGUAGUAGUAAGGGAGAAGACGACAUUAAACAAUUUUCAGAAGUCGGACAUUCUACUGUUGUUGUUGCUCAAGAUGUGAAUAUAAGAGACGGUUUUCCAUUAUACGUAACGGUGAAAGCAUUUGAUUACGUCGGUCUUGAAGGUGUAGCGUUUUCAACAAAGUUUAUUGUUGAUACAACUCCACCGGUACCAGGGCGCAUUCUCAUAGAGCCUGAGAUGUCCGACAUAAACACUGUCACUUUUAUAGACCGUGCGGAUCUCUUCCUACAUUUGACCGAGUAUACAGACGAUGAAAGUGGACUUGCUUAUUUCGAGAUUGGUGUUGGAACUCAUUUUUUUCUUAAUAACAUUAUGUCAUUAACCAAAUACGAUACGAAUGCGGUGCAUCUAAAACUCGGCGGCAGUGUAUUUGAUGGAUGCACAUACUUUGUAAACGUAAAGGCUGUCAAUAAUGCAGGACUUUCAAGUACUUUUGUAACUGGGAAAAUAGUAAUAGACCGAUCCGCACCAACAGGUGGCCAUGUGAUUGACGGGGAUUCUUCGAAACAGGUAGACGAGGAUUUCAUCAAUGAUAUCUUUAAUAUUGGAGCACAAUGGAGAGGAUUCGUGGAACCUCACACUGGAAUUCACCACUAUCGGUGUGGGUUUGGUACAAAGCCAUACGUGGAUGACAUUUGUAGUUUUAUCGAUGUCGGUUUGAGGGAAAAUAUAACAUGGACCGGUCCAUUCGUUUCUGGUCAGACGUACUACACUACUGUAGAAGCCUGUAAUCACGCUGGGCAGUGCCGUUCAAUGUCUUCAGACGGCGUAACACAGGACAACUCACCUCCUAUUCCAGGAGUGGUAAGAAUUGGAUCAGAAGAUUUUCAUCACAAAUAUUAUGCACAUACUAACUGGCUCCAUGUUCACUGGGUGGGUUUUGAAGAUCCACAGUCGCGAAUUGAUCAUUAUGAAGUUUUUGUUGGAACUUCGAUAGGAGAAUGUAAUAUCAUGCAGAAGUUUAAUACUGGGCUGAAAACAAAUAUCAUUAAAACAGAACUUCAUUUGCCAGUAAAGACAAACCUUUAUGCAACCGUAACGGCUUAUAAUAAAAUUGGAAUGAACGUUUCCUACACAUCAGACUCAUUCCAAAUUGAUGACAGAUCACCAGUAGUUGAACAAAUACCUCGUUUUAUCAACCCUUUAACAUUUGACGAAGAGCCAGUUGUUCAGUGGGAAAAGUCAAUCUUAAAAAUGUCAUGGUUGUUCAAAGAUCAAGAAAGCCCGAUUAUAAAUCAUAGAAUUUCACUCUACACGCACCACGAGGGUCAUACUCCUGUCGAAUAUAUAUAUGUAGGAUCGCAAAAUAAUUUUACAAUAAAUCUCGCGCAUAAAGAAUGGUUGCACAAUGGUGAUAUUUAUUAUGUUAAGGUCACUUCUUGCAAUGCCGCAAGUCUUUGCAGUGCGUCACAGUCGGCUGAUUUACUUAUAGAUACAACUCCACCCCAUGUCGGGGGUUUCAAACAACCUUUAAAGUGGACUAAUUAUAAAGACGCCCUGAAUGGAACUGACACAAAUUUAACUCUGACAUGGUAUGGAUUUCAUGAUCAAGAAUCACAUAUCAAAAGCUUUUACAUAACGGUUAGUAGGUCUUAUAGCGGACAGGAAUUAACUGGGGGAACCUUUACUUUCAACACCGAAAAUAUAACAAAUGAAUAUACAUGUGAGGUACCUCUUGUUGAGAAUAUUUUUCAAGAUGAACUAUUAAUUCUGUCAAUUUGGGCCGAAAACCAAGCUGGGCUCAUGAGUUCUGUCGCCCGUAUUUCAGUGUAUGUUUUAUCUGAAACGACGAAUAAUGACGAAAGUUUAAAACAUGGAGCUCUUGAAAUCGAGAAACAUUCUUGUGAUAUUCAUUUCUGUAAUAAUGACUGCACAUGUGCAGUAUUCGGUCAACCAUGCAUUUACUUCGAGUCCAGUUUAAUUUGCAAUGAAAUCAAUUCAUCAGUUGUGAAUUCUCUUGGAUACCCAACUGUUGACGUGCGAUUUGGGUACACAUUUGAACAGAAUCAAACUGUUACAGCGUCAUCGUCAUGUUUGUCUGGAACCUGGAAAUCCGUAAAUAGUCUACAUAAUGCUAUAGAACGGUAUGAAUGGAGUAUUGGACUGGCAGGUCAGCCUAUCGGGGAGGGAAUAUUUGAUCUGAGAGCAGAGCAACCAUGGAAUGAUGUUGGAAUUCGAGAGGAAAUAACACAUUGCUUACCAGUAAAUCGGAGUUUAAUACAUUCAGAAAGUUAUAUUCUUUAUAUACGUGCAUGGUAUAGUCAUGACGAAUAUGCAACGUUCACGUCCAGACCAAUUAUGAUAGACCAGUCUGCGCCGGCUGUAACAAGAGGGAAAUUUAUUAAAGAUUCAGAUGUUUCAUGCAUCCUAGAUUACGAUUUCAUAGAUUGGACACAAAAUAUCACAGCCUGCUGGUCAGGGGUAUUUAGUGAACAACAAGGAAGUAUCACCCAUUACACCGUUGCCCUUGGAACACUACCAAAUGCUGAUGACGUUUUUCCCAAAACAGAUGUUGGUCUAGCUAGUGAUAUCACACUACGGAAAAUGUCUUUCACACAUGGGACAAAAUACUUCUUCACAAUUACAGCCUAUAACACCGCUGGACUCAGUACUAGUCUCGCAUCUGAUGGUUUCUUAGUUGAUACAGACGACCCAAUAGAAGGCAUUGUUUAUAACACUAUUCAUAUGCAAAACAAAGAAUUCCAGUCUUCAGAUUCUAGUAUAAGUAUAUCUUGGACUGGUUUUACUGAUCACUUUUCUGGAAUAUAUCGGUACCAAGUCGCUAUUAGUGACACCGAUAACAAAGAAGCUUUCGAAAAUCUUAUUUUCGCACCUGUUGGCCUUAACACUUUUCAUACGUUUAACAAUAUUGAUUUAGAACAAAACAAAACUUACUACGGAGUCGUCAAGGCAUCAGAUGCCGCUGGCCACUUAAGUAACGUGGCUGCUUCACCUGGUACAACGAUAGAUGGAACUAAACCUACUGGCAUCAAAUGCAAUGAUUUUAGAUACAAUCAGAAUGGCACAUUUGUAUUCAACGGAUCAGGGGACUCCACGGCUGAGUUGAUGGUCAACGUUUCAAAGAAUGACUUGAUUCGUGUUUCUAUGAGAGUUGAUAGUGCCGAUGUUCAUGCAAAAAUGAUUAUAGGAGUUGGGGUCGAAACUACCUAUCUCGGUGGGCUGCGCCUUCACAAUGGACAGAUAGAAUUUAAGUACAAAUUCUUUGCGCAGGACUCACCAGAAACAAAGAUUACCUUCAGAGUUGCAUCGAAAGAAGAUUCAAGACUGACCGUUUUCGUGUAUCGAUGUAAAACCUUUGAGGCUGAUGAUCAAAAUGCAGUUUCCGUCACGCAAACGGGACUUAGUGUCUUGAACAUAGACAUGUCUGUAUUUGACAAGGAAAGUAACAUAUGCUCGCUUCGGCUAGGCGUUGGAACGACUCCUGAAGGGUUUCAAGUGCAGUCUUUAACAACAUUUCACCAAAACAUCAAUCAUGCAAUCGUUACAGCAAACAUUGAUCAUGGGAGUCCAAUUCAUGACUGGAAUUGCUGAAAACUGUGCUGGCCUUGGAUUAAUAUUUGAAGCUGGACCCAUUAUAAUGGACCAUACUGCACCUUUCAUUAAUGAUGUACAUACGUCGAUCAAAGUGCACUCCUUUCCCAGUUUGAAUACCACAUCGGAACAUUAUUUUUCUAUUGAAACUUCAUGGCAAGCAAAAGACUUCGAAAGCGGUGUUAAAUAUUGUUUUUGUGCCAUAGAAACUCAUCCUGGAGUUCAAGAUGUUAAACCGUUUUGGAUUGCAAACUCUCAGUCUUUCUGCCUUUCCGGAUACUUGAAACUUGCAGAUGUUUUAACAGUCAUUGUCGAAGUCAAAUGUGUGAACAACGUGGAGCUGACAUCACUUCACACUACCAAUCCACAAGCUAUAACAUUUGAUCCUCCGAGCACUAAACGGGGACAUGUGUAUAUUUUGCCGUCAGACAGUGAUAACAUUGCAUUAAACACUAAUCUAAAGACAUUCUUACAGACGAGCAAAAGCACUGUCAAAAUUGGCUGGUCCGGCUUUGAAGAUGUAUCUUAUUUUAGUUUGUAUGAAUACCGUUUACUAAUGAGUGGAAAACAGGUAUUUUCCUGGCAGAAAGUGUCCACACGGGAUGUUAUUACCGUGUAUGGUCUGAAUCUUGAUGCAAGAAGUAGCUAUACUGCCGAGGUAAAAGCGACGAACAAAUACGGUUUGACUAGCGAAAUUAUUGCAGCAAAGGUUACAGUUCUUGAAGAAAAACCAAGGCUAUCUGGAAAGUCCAUAUCUGUCAGCAAACAAGGGAAUCAGAUGACACUAAAUUGGAGCCAGGUGUUUACCACAUUCGAAGGGAUUCCUGUUUCGUAUUCGCUGGUUAUAGGUACUAAGAAGGGAUUCACGGAUAUCGUCGAUAUCGUAGACGUUACAGCAAGUACGACAACUGUCACAGUGCCAAGGUCGACAUUGGUUACACCGAAUCCGACUCACCUUUUCAUUACAAUUGCAUGUUCGUUUCCAUUCGGGUUUGUCGAAUUGUAUGAAAAGACAUACACAAUUUAAGAUUUGUUUUCUUAUUAAAUUGUCUCCCUUCUGUGCGUAUUUGAAGAUGAUAUAUGUUAAAAUCUUUAUGCUAACAUUUAUAAUUAUUAUGGAGUGUUUAAAAUGUUAAGUCAUGAAUUGUAUUGGGAAAUGAUUCACAAAUCGACAUAAACUUGGACACAAAUUUUGAAAACAUGAUUCAAAAUUGAGUAUAAAAAUAUUUGUUAAGCUUUUUUAGUUAAGUUUUUAUCAUCAUUGCAUUUUUCUAGAAACUGCCUUUAAAUAUAAUUUGACACAUUCUGGUGUAGUGCCCUUAUAUAUUAAACAGAAAUGUACAGGAAUAUGAUGUGGUUCAUUGUAACUUCUAAUAUAACAUUUAUUCUGACAGAAGUAUAAAAAUAAACGGACAAUAGAUAAACCUUGGUAUAUCUAGCCUAAAUUCUGUCUAUGAAGAGCUGAUGUAGUGAUAGGUAAUGUGACAUUGUGAACCAGAGGCAAAGGUGCCUUAAAUUAACAUUGCUAUCGUAAUUGUAUGUACCAGGGUCGAUGAAUAAAUACGUAGACUCUUUAACUUCAAAACUAGUCAAUAAAGACGUCUUUAGUUUAUUUCAUUUUUAAACGUACUGUCACUGCAGCCAGCGUCAGCGACGUUUUCAUAACGUCAACUCUCUUUACAUUUCUUUCAUAAUGUAAUGAUGUUUUUAAAACUAUUGAAAAUAUACUGAUCUGUGAGUAAAACUCAGUACAUCAUUUAUAGAAUAAGAAUAUUCAGUUUCAACAAGAUAUAACCAUCGGUUAUUUAUCUGCAGCAUGUAGAUAUUGGUAAUAUCACUUGAAAAUGUUUUUUUAUACAGAAAUUCAAUGGCUGGUUGUGUUUUACUAAGAGCAUGUACUAAUAAAUGUUUUGCUGAGAUAUAUAGAUGUUUUGUGACGUCAUUUGUAUUCAAGACCACGUAAUAUUUUCCUAGACAAAAGGUUAUUUGUCUUAAAAUUGUCUUUUAGAUUUAUGGAGACAUCACUCAAACAUUAUAAAACAUAUUCGCGAUACGGUUUUGACUGUUUUUGCAGAAAGUAACUUUAUAUACAGUUAUGGCUGUUUUAGAUUUAAGACGUCAAAACGUCGACUGGGUCGCUAAAGCGUUGCUAUGGGUUAUGUGAUGUG